AUGGCACACUCACGGCCCGCCGGUCAAAAUGGCCUGCCGAACGGACAAGCCUCGUCAGCAGGAUCCAGGGCACAGUCACAGAAGUUCUCAAGGCCUUUCACCCUCCAAGAGGCUCUUCCCUAUUCGCCCUUCACCUCCAUUAUUCCCUUCGAGUCAGAUAUUAUCCCGACCCCAGCCAUCGGGUCCGCGCUGCCCGCUCAUGACAUCUCCGAUGCCGUUCCCCGCCAGGACUACGAUGCGCUGAACCAAGAAGCAGAGGCGUCCUCGACAACGUCGAAGAAGCUGGAGCAGAGUCUGGAACAAGUCCAACAACUGCUGCAUCCCAAUAAGCUCACCCAAUACACCUUCCGUCACACUCCGAUUACGUCCACUCAAGAAGCCCCGACUCCUAAUCUCGCUGCUGGGCUGCCGUCAUUCGCUAAGAUGGUCUACACGAGGGCCUCUGUGGCUUUCCGAUACCCAACUCCCGAGACUCCUGGACAGACUUCCCCAAACGGACAAACGACGCCCAAGCCACGCGCGAAGCCCAAGUCUCCCGCUGCGCGAAAGUCUGACCCUCCCAGAGCUGCUCCGGCCAAUGCCGCCACCAACAAGCAGGCGCAGGCAUACAACUCGGCCAACUUCGAGAUCAUCAUACCCACAAAGUCCGAGACAGAAGCUGUCAACCCUAACUUCGGCAUAAACCCUCAGGUCCUAGAAGUGCCUGCCAAGCCCAAGAUAGAAGACACCAAAAUCGAACCCGAAGCUUUACUUAGCAUACCCGACGUUGCCGCUCCCAACGUUGCACCUGCGGCCUCUCAGUCAAACUUUACUAUUGAACUCUCAGCGCCUGUAGAUUUCAACAAGGAAGAAUAUCAAGUUGUGCCUGACUCUCCUGAAGCACCAGAGAACCUGUCAAGGAGAAGACAUCAAAACGGCUAUGCUGAGGAGCAAGACGCUUAUGGGGCCAGUCUUGACCAGCGACAACGGGCUGACACGGCUUACCAAGAUAUGCGCCGAUUAUUUCAGGAGAUAUUCGAGGCCGAGCAGAACCUCUCGGGCCAAGCCAACUCUUCUAGGCUUGUUGUGCUCACAAAUGACCAGGAGUCUACUCUAUCCGCGGCGGCUUCCCAGAAAGCUCACAGUGCUAUCAAGAAAGCGAUCGACAUGGGUUGCUUUACUGCAGCACCCUUGGAUGACUUGCUUCAUAUGCAAAGGUUGAGCGAAGGCUCUCUUCGACAUGCAGAAAGCUUGGAUGUCAGAAUUGAUGAGUCUUGGGGGGAGACUGAACUCGCAUCGUGGGUUCAACAGCUUCCCGAGAUUGACGCCGGCCUCAAAGCAGCACGCAUGGCACUGCGGCUGAUGGGGGGCGGUCGAGAGGAUAGGCAGCUUUACUCGGAGGACCUGAUCCAAACAGCACUCAACCUCUUCAAAAACGUCAUGGACGGGAUCAUAGUGCCUGUUGCCGAGAUGCGCCCUGUAGGGCCCACAGAGCAAGUAUUCAGGGGCCUGUCAUCUCACAAGAAGCUGAUUGUGCCCAUUUUCACCACGUGCGAGCGGCUCUUUUCUCUCUUGGGAACUCUCGUCGCAAGUAUCGACCUUUCAGAGACCGUGAUCAAUACGCUGGAGUUUGCAGCCUCUCGCCUAAUGUUCGUCGAAAAUGCCCACACCGAGCGUGAGUCGCUCAUUGGUGUACAAAAAUUCGACGUCCUUCGGUCUGUGGCGAUGGACAUGCUAUCACAAAUCUUCCUCAUGAAUCCAGUCCAGCGGCAGGGGAUCUUUGAUGACAUCUUGACCUCUCUGGAGAAACUCCCCGUUGGAAGAUUAAGUGCACGCCAGUUCAAGUUGGCAGACGGGAAAAGCAUACAGGCAGUCUCUGCCCUGAUCAUGCGGCUUGUACAAGCCAGCUCCAGCAAAGUGGAUGAUGGUAAAGCCAGGAGUCGGACCCGGGCACUCCAGGCAGUGGAUGAGGACGGCAACGCAGUCGAACCUGGGCUUGGGGAGGAAUUGGUAGGUCAAGCCCAAGCCACCAUUCUGAGUGAAGAGCAGGCCGCGAUCCAGCACGCCACUGCUAUCCAGGAGUUGCAGAGCGCCGUCGAGCCUCUGCUGGAAACUGCACGACGCAAUGCGUCUUAUGUCAUCAACUUCAUCGUCAAUCGCGCCCUCAAAUCUACGAAAUCUGGCGACACGCCUUAUCGCAACCUUUUGGACUUGUUUGUGGAGGACUUCACAACCUGCUUGGACUCACCAGACUGGCCCGCUGCGGAGCUUCUACUUCGUCUUCUCAUGAUGAUGAUGGUCAAACUUGUCGAGGGCGAGAGAAGUGCAGCACCGGCCAAGAACAUGGCCCUUGAGCUGCUUGGCGUCAUGGUUGCUGCAAUUUCCAGGAUUCGAGACUUAACACGCAAGACAGCGGGCCUCCUGGACACGAGCGAACCUCUGAAUGGGUUUCUUGCAGAUAUGGCAUUGGAAGUACUCGUUCGCAAGCCCCAAGCCGAGCAGAUGUGCGCAUGGUCUGGGCCGUACCGGGCAGAUGUGGAAUACCUCCAAGAACGUCUCAAGGACGACCCUCACCUCACGAGUGCAAUCUCAUAUGUGGCUAUGGACUGGGCGAGCAAGAUCUGUACUGGCUAUGACUCUUUUGAAGAUGACCGAGAAGGCCGUGAUCAGGAAAUGGGGCGGAUGGCCUUCCGACUCCGGAUGAUGAUUGAGGACCAACGAUGGCUUUCCAAUGAGUACAGGUUUGGGGCCAUCUCACCAAGCCAGGCCAAAAUGGCCCACUACGUCAUUCUUGCUCGCUCUCAGCUUUGCGAAGCUUUCAACGCAAUUCUCAACCUCUUGCUUGGAUCCUUGUCCAGCGAUCAGGCAACCGUCCGCAGCAAGGGCCUCAAGAGCAUCAACCAGGUCAUGGAGAGGGACCCUUCAAUCCUUGAUGGCGAUUCAGUCGUCGUCGAACUGAUCCUGCAAUGCUCACAUGACUCCUCUGCCCAGGUGCGUGACUCCGCACUUGGACUGAUUGGCAAGUCGAUCGAAGUCCGACCUGCCUUGGAAGAGAAAAUGCUUCCGACAGUCAUCCAGCGUUUCAUAGAUUCCGGCGUUGGAGUUCGCAAACGCGCUAUGAAGCUCGCGAGAUCGGUUUACCCGCGCAAUCACAGCAAGCAGAUCCGGAGUGCGAUCGCCAACGGCCUGCUACAUCGAGUACAGGAUCCUGACGAGGGCGUCCGAGAACUAGCAAGACAAAUGGUCGAAGAGAUCUGGAUCUUCCCCUUCUACUCCGGCGAGGAAUCGGCCGAGUACAAAACCUCACUGACCGAUCAUGUGUCGUUGAUCGUGCAGUCAGUCAAGACCGGGAAUAUCACCACGGUGUUGGACAAGGUCUUCCAACUUAUCCUUUCCCCAACCUCGAAGACUGCAAAGGCAAACUUCGAGGUUUGCAGGCGCCUCGUGGCCAGCAUGUUUGACCUAGUCAACAAUCCAGAUUCCGAAGACCCGUCCGUUCCAUCAGGACGCGAUGCCCUACAGGUACUCAUGAUUCUGGCGAAGGCCGAUGCCAAGCUGUUCACCUUUGAACAGAUCAAGUUGCUGAAGCCAUACAUCGCGAGCGUUGGGACUAGCGAGGAUAUGGCGGUCUCGCGUGCCGUUGUUGUGAUCUACUGUCGAGUUCUUCCGCAGUUGUCCAGCGUCCAUACGCAGUUCCUCACAGACAUCAGGAUGUCUCUCAUGUCUGCUACCAUGACGGUCUCUAGAAACUUGCUUGACGAAGUCAUGGCUUGUUUGUGGAUUAUCAGCACUCUCACCGAGGUCUCAACACAUCUGGCCCGACUUGUGAACUCGGGUCUUGUCGGCAUAACCAAAAUCAAAGCGAUGAUCCAGAAAGGCGCACCCAUGAGCAACGAUAUGAUGCGGAAAUUCGAACGAUACUCGCUCAUUGUCGGCAUGGUCGGGAAGCACUGCGACCUCGAUUCUCAUGCUUCUUUCUUCAAGACCAGCUUCCCAAAAUGGCAGGGCGGGCCAGUUUCGAAAUUAAUGGUUGAUGUCAUGCUUCCGUUUGCAAAGGAACCUCAGCCCCUCAUUAUCAGAAAGGCGGCCUUGGAUGGGGUUGGCUUGAUCUGUCAAUCGAACCCUAGAAAUUACGUGUCUGCCAAUGUCUACACAACGUUUCAAGAGGUGUUUGACGGGAGGGAGCCUACGCUAGAGACAAUGAUCAUGCGAUCUCUGAAAGAAUUCCUGACAACAGAGGAGAGACGCUCGGAACUCGCAACUGAAGCAGCCAAGGCCGCAAAAACCGCAACCGCUGGCUCCGACAACAAACGGGAACUCACCGUGAUGGGAGGCACCAACUACGACGAUGUCGCUAGUGCCACUACACAGCGGUUCCUCAAGGAUCUGACCCGCAUAGCUCUAGCUGGCAUUGACGACCACGCUUUCCUCGCUGUGGAGGUGCUUGGUAGCAUCAACCGACAAGGCCUGGUUCACCCAAAGGAGACAGGUGUGACCAUGAUCACCCUUGAGACUUGUCCGGUAACUAGGAUUUCCGAACUGGCCUAUCACGAGCAUCGUGCCCUUCAUGAGAAACACGAGACCGUCCUUGAACGAGAGUACGUGAAAGCCAUCCAGUCUGCUUUCCAGUAUCAGCGAGACAUCAUCAAGGAUACGCGGGGUGCCACUACCGAGCCAUUCGUCUCAAAACUUCAUCUUUUGGCAGAGGUCUUGAAGAUCAGCAGGUCAAAGAAUCGACAGCGUUUCCUUGAGAAGCUGUGCACUCAGGUUGACUUCGAGCCUGCCAAGCUGAGCGUCAGGGAGAAGAUGCCCAGCCAUGUCGAGUUCUCGCGUUUCAUCGUUGAGAAUUUGGCAUUCUUCGAGUAUGAGACAGUCGGCGAGGUUCAGAAAACGAUCUCGACAAUGGAGAAAAUCGUGCAUAGCACUGGUGCUGCCGUUGCACAUGCUAUCGAAUCAGAGAUCUUUCAGGUCCGCAUUGAUUCGGGUGCUGUGGGAGAAGAUCAAGGAUCUUCAACAGCAGCUGCUCCGCCAUCAGUGGACCCGCGCAGACUUCGGCAGCUCACAGCGAGCUCGAUGAUCCUUACGUGCCUGUGGGAAGCGCGAAGCUACCUGCGCCGUCUCUAUGGGCUCAGCUCCCAUCGUCGCGAAAGCAAAGGCAAGGGCCCACCGAAAGACCUCGCCAAGGCACCGAUCAAGGUGCAGGGUGUGACGGGCGACAAGUUCUGGGAUGAUUCGGGCCUCAUCAUGACGGCUCUCGACAGCCAGGAGCGCAUGCUGGAGCAUUGCAGAAGCUUUGUGGAGCUCCUCAAUGUGGACAAGGAGUUCAAAAUCUCCGAGGAGGACGACGAGAUGGAUGAUGAUGCGGCGACCCCGAGCGGUGAUGAGGAUGACCCGUCUCAUGAACGCGGCCGGAAACGCAAGGCCACGGGCACGCCUAGCGGCAGGAAGAAGCGGCCGAGAUCUAGUUCCCAGCCUCGCAAGCGGGGACGUCCCCGCAAGAACCCGGUCGAGGAAGAUGUCGAUGCCGAGUUUGAGGAGGAUGUUGACUGGUUCUAG